UGUCGGGCGGGCAGGUGGCCAAGUGCGGCAGUGAGGCGGCGCUCGGUGAUGCGGGCGGAGGCGGAGGAAGAUCUGCUCGCCCUUCAUGGAUGCCAGGACCAUUGGCACCGUGGCCCUGAAGAUGCAGCUUGGAGAGUGCCACACGUCCCACAGCCAGCGAGUGAGCGUGGACGUGUUCGCUGACCAUGGCACUUUCCGGUCGUUGCUGUGGCACCAUAUUCUCUCGUGGACGAUGGAUACCUACACUAUACCCGUCCAGAAGGAGAACCAGCUUCAUCAUACCAGAUUCUGCGUGGAACAGCGGGAGGAAGUGAGCCAGGACGUCGAUGUGUGGCUCCUUCAGGAGGUCCUCGCCCUGUCCUGGCUCCCGACCCAACCGGAGUUCUUCUUCCAGGCCCGAGUGAACCUGGAGUGUGGCGAGGGCGCGGAGGAGGUGGCGGAGGUGGACGUGGAGAGCAGCACAGACGGUGGGCGGCGCUGGACGUCCCUGCACAGGCGGUGUCUCCCAGGGGGCUGCAUGGGCGGCCACUCGGCGCUCACCUCCACCAUCACGAGGCACGCUGUGGACAGCUGGGGCCUGGUCACCCUGCCCCUGCCCUACCCCGCCCUCACGCCCCACACCCGCCUUCGAGUGAGGCAGGCCACGGGGCACUCUAAGGAGGACACGGUGUGGGCGCUGGACAACGUGUUCGUGGGGCGGUGUCUCAGGGGCUGCAGUGGGCGUGGUCUCUGCCAGCGGGAUGGGCGGUGCAAGUGUGAGUACGGCUACAGCGGCCCAGCGUGCGAGGAUUUCGAGAGAGAAAAUCCGCUGUACCUGUCUGAACCGUUCACCAACGUCAUCUCGGAUUCGGCGAAUAUUCUGCAGGUAUCCGGAGGCAGAACGAGCUACAGCUGCGGCGUCGUGGGUUCCGGGACAGCUGCUGUCUUCCGAGGUGCGGGCCCGCGCGCUCUCACCACCGUGGACGUCAACACCACCCACGCCCACUUCCUGCAGUUCCAUUACGUGGGCGGCACCGUCAGCGAUGUCGGCAAGUGCCCCGGCCCGGACGACCCGGCGGAGAGCGUGUACGUGCACUACUCCUGCGACGGCGGAGUCAGCUGGCACCUCCUCAGGACGCUGCACGCCAGUCUGCACAAGGAACCCAGCCACAUCUCCCUGGACCUCCCCCCUGGCGCGAGAGGUCCCGGAUGUCGCUUCCAGAUCUGGCAGGAGACCCACUCGGGCGCCGGCAGAGACAUCUGGGCGGUGGACGACUUCACUAUCACGUCGCAGCUCUUCAACAACAUCGAGGUGGAUUUCAGCGACGGGGCGGCGGCCAACAGCUCCUUGAGAUUCCACCUCGGCGAGCUCGGGGGCGGCCUCUGUGGGCGGGACUCGGCGCUGGUCUUCAAGGGCGUGUCAGCGGGCGUGGGCGUGUCUCGCUUCAUGGAGACCAAGUCCAUAGGCGUUGGCCCCUCCUACAUGAUGCAGUUCGACCUCGCCAUUGGCUGCGGCGACGGGAUGGGGGCGGGGCCAGAGAGGAAGGGGGAGGGGCAAGCCAGCGGAGCGGAGGAGAGUAAGCUCCUCCUCGAGUACUCCUCAACCACGGCAUCACCUGGCAGCUCGUCCAGCGCCCCUGCACGCCCUCGACGCCCGGCUGCCUCAACCACUUCACGCGCGGCACCGUCUACUUCGCCUCCGAGUUCCGCCGCUGGAGGAGGGUCACGCUCAGGCUCCCGAGGCACACCUGGUCCCCGACGACCCGCCUGCGCCUGCGACAGGACCUGGAGAGCGACCUGGGCGAGGCCUGGGCGGUCGACGACCUGUACAUCGGGCGGCAGUGCCCUGGACUCUGCUCGGGGCACGGCCGCUGCACGUCGCUGGGGUGCAGCUGCGACGCCGCCUACCACGGCCACAAGUGCCUCCCGCUGCACAAACUACACCGCCAUAUCGACGCCUCCUUUGACGGCGAGGACGACAUCCGGGACUUCGACCUGCGCCUCGUCGGGGGAAACUUGGCAACGCCGGACGAGGGAUGUGGCAACGUCGUGGCGGGAAAAAAUUUGUAUUUCGGAGCGCUGGGCCUUCGUCAGCUGGAGACGGACGACCUGAACGCCCACGACCUGGAGAUCCUGCAGUUCGUCCUGGUGGUGGGCGGCGGCAAGGGCGGUUCCUGCAGCCCCGAGGAGGACCUCAACUCCCUCAGCGCCGGCAGCGUCGUCGUCGAGUACUCUACUGACGGAGG